CCCUCUGCGUGUUUUCAGUGAGUUGGAGGAGGCUGUCUGCGCCAUACGUCCCCUCCACCCGAGUCUUCUUCUAUACCAUGAGCUCUGGCUCCGCCCAGGAUGUGGCAGUCGAGCAUUUCCUGCGUGACAUAGAGAGGCGGAGCAAGCGGCUACACUGCGCUGUGAUAGGCUGCGAGGAGGAGCGACCCCGCAGCGACAUGAACCUGCUGUACCGUAAGAGCCGCCUGGACUGGAGGCAGAGGGACCAAGAGGGAAGUAAAAAGAGCUCCUCCCAGAACGACCCCUCGGCCACUGUUGGCAAAGUCAGAGACUUGGCUUCUUUCCGUCGGCACUUCCGGAUGGGUUUCAUGACCAUGCCGGCCUCCCAGGACCUGUCCCCUCACUCUUGUGCCUCCGCCAUGGCGCCACGCUCGCAGUCCUGCCACGCCGUCGGUGCCGGGGAUACGAGUUUGGAGAACGGAGAUUACUCCGACACCCAAUCGCAACACGGCGGCCGCUGCCCACCGGCCAAACCCAAACGUCACCCCAGCACUCGCCUCAGCUCCUCGUCCGCUGACGGCAGAGGACUUCCCGAGACGCCGCCUCCUGCGUCCACCCACUCACAGUCCAAACACUCGGACAAAAAAAACGCCAUGAAGAAGUCUGACUCUGGAGAGAUCGGAGCAAAGAAGGUGCCUCCGUUAAAACCCAAGAGAAGUCCCAGCACCCAGCUUUCCUUUGACCCUCUUCCUCCACGUGUGCCUCAUUCUGCCACAUCCUUGCCUUUCCAGGCAACAGACUCUCAGAUUCAGACAGAAGACGGGGAGGAUGAGCCGGUCUACAUCGAGAUGGUGGGCCAAGUGUUCACUAGAGACAGCCAGACGGCCACCCCCCACCCCGUCACCCCUGUGGCCACCACGCCUGACUCUGACUCAGACCAGAGCGAGGCCAUCUACGAGGAGAUGAAAUACCCGCUCCAAGAGGACCGAGAGUCCCAGAGACACCUCCCUCCAAAACACGAGAAACUGAGAAACUCUAAACACUUUCACGUCACUCCUUCCUCCUCCAGCAGCUCCUCCUCUCUGCCGCGCCCUUCCUCUUCCUCCCCUUCCUACUCCAAACCCAAAGCUACCGUGUCGAUCUCCCAUUCGUCCCCGCUGCCUUCAUCUGCAUCCUCCACCCCUGUCCCGCAGGUCCUCUCUGCCAGUCCACACACUCCACGAGCUCCCACUCCCUACCUGCUCCAAGGGAAUAAAUCAGAGGCCGAGUCCAACACGAAGAUCCCGGCCCCCUUCCCAAACCUCCUGCAGCACCGGCCCCCGCUGCUCGCCUUCCCUCAGCCGGCGGCGGCCUCCAGCGGGGUCGGGGUGCAGAACAAGUCUGCCUCCGCUAAGAUGGGAACACAAACAUCCAGCGCGACAACUCAAGCCAGCACCUCCUCCUCGUCUUCUUCUAAUGUCCCUGCGUCUUUGUCCUCAAAGGAGUCAUCAGAAGGAGGUGCAACCAAGCAGGACAAACACAGCAGAGAGUCCCAGUUAGGACCUGCUCCUGGACUCAGGGCCAGGAGUCACUCCACACCUCUGCCUCCCUCCUCCAAAUCCACCUCCCCUUUCUCCCAUCACCACCACCACCCUCACCAUCGUCCGUCACACUACCACCACUAUCGUAAGCCAGACAGAGGAGACUCCCCGGUCCCGAACAAGAGCAGCUCUCAGACUUCCACAGUCCAGACCCAAACCUCGAGUACAGGCCGGGAAGGCAAGUCUGUUAGCUUCCUGUUGAAGUCCGAUAAAGGAGAGAGGGAUAAAGACAGGGACAGAGACAAGGACAGGGACAAGGAUCGGGACCGAGACAGAGACCGAGAUAGAGACAGAGACAGAGACAGAGAUAGAGAUAGAGAUAGGGAUAGGGGUAGAGACAGGGACAGGGAGAGAGACAAGGAGAAAGACAAGGACAGAGACCGAGAUCGAGACAGAGACCGAGACCGGGACCGAGAUCGAGACAGAGACCGGGACAGAGAUAGAGACCGGGAUAGGGAUAGAGACCGGGAUAGGGAUAGAGAGAGGGAUCGGGAUAAAGACAGAGACAGAGAAAGAGACAGGGAUCGGGAUCGAGAUCGGGAUCGAGAACGGGAUCGAGAUCGGGAUCGAGAUCGGGAUGGAGGUCCGUACUCCUUACCGAUGGACCACGCUCACACCACGAGCAGCCAAACGUCUCAAAGCAGCACCAGCUCAACCCCUACGCCGUUAUCUUCAUCCCAGCGUCCUCAUUCUCGCCCCCAUCUUCGCUCUCACACCCCUCAUGGCCUGCCGGCGUACAAGCCUCCCUCCUCGGACAGUCCCUUGCUGUGGACCUACCCCUCCGGCGGUUUCCGGAGGCCGCCGGCUUACGAAAGCUUGAGGGGAAGCUCUCAGACGCCGUCUCUGCAACAGCCCUCGAGUCUUACUGGUGUAGGUGAGGGGGCAUGCAAGAGUAACGGAGGGUCUGCGUCCCUCCAGUCGAAGGUUGGCUUCAUGCCCUGGGACAGCAGUGCCAGCCUGGCUGCAGACGAGGGGUCUUACUGGCCUAUGCAGAGGAAAUUGUCUUUCAGCCACGGGAGCAGAGAGACAGAGAAGGACGAAGGGCGCGCAUGGAACGGCAGUGCCGAUGCGCUGUUAAGGAUGGAUAAGGAGGACCUCGGCAUGGGGUCUCGAGGAGGCCACUCAGGCAUCCCGGUCCACUUCGGUGGAGCCGCCAGCAGAGCUCUGGGUCACAGCGAGUCCUUGGCCGGUGUGGAUAGCAGCCCGGGUUUCAGAGCCCUGCCCAGAGUCGGUCUGCCUCUUCCCUGCCAGACUUUCCCUGCCUGUCGCAACGGAGGCUCGCAGUGUAACGCUGGUUCCUUUACAGAAGUGGGGCGGCUGGGCCGCUCCUCCUCUGCUGCCGGAGUGAGACAGGUGGGUGGAGGAGACGUCCAGAGACAGAGCAGCCUACCAGCACGAGAAGCCUUGAAUCAGCUGCAUGGUCUGGCCCAGUCUCAGGCGCCCUGCAGUCCCAGCAGCCCCAGCGUGUCUCGGCAGCAGCAGCAGCUCCAGCUCCACCAGCAGCAGCUCCAGUUAAAGCAGCAGCUCCAGCAGCUCCAGCAACAGCACCACCUGCAGUUACAGUUCCAGCAGCUUGCCCAGCUGGCGCAGGGACAGCCUCCUGUCGGCGGGGGCACCACCCCGUCCGUGUCGCAGACCCAGAGAGACGGCAAACUGCUGGAAGUCAUCGAGCGUAAACGCUGCCUGUGCAAAGAGAUCAAGGCCCACAGGCGCCCUGACAAAAGCCUGUGCAAGCAGGACAGCAUGCCCAUCCUCCCUAGCUGGAGACGGACACCUGAGCCUCGUAAGACUGGCACGCCACCCUGCCAGAGGCCGCAGGCUGUCGUGUGGGACACGGCAAUCUGAGGUGACGGGUCAGCAAGUACAAGACUGAAGAGAGACUGAACAAUGGAGAGAAAUCUGAUCUGAAGAGCUACAAUCAGACGUGAUCUGUACUUGCUCUGUCCCUUCCUGAUGUUCUAAUUGCCAAUGAUUUUGUUGCCACAAAACGCCAGUAUUAUUGCUACAAGACGAAGACGCACCGACUUCACAAUAAAAAGGGUGGGGGGGAAGUUUUCUGAGAUUGGUGUUGCCAAAUUUACUCCUGACUACUUGAGACAUAAAAGGAAUCAUGUAUUUUCUCCACACGGGAGGCGUUGAUAAGUUUAUCGAAGUGUUUUCUUGAAAAUCGUGAAUGCAUAUGAGAUGUCUUUGGUAUCAAUAGAUUGUCAUUGUGGAUGCAAAUAAUCAUCACUGAGGAGUAAAAGCUACCUACUGUAUCUGUUUGCAUAUUUGUAAUGUAAAUCUAUUUACUUUCUCAACGUUUCUGCAAUUUUAUAGCAAUAUGCUCCCGACGCCGGAGCAACAUAAUUAAAAACUUGUGUCAACUAGCCUAACAUACAUAUCUAAGACUUGAAGAAGUCAUAUUUACUGUGUCAUUCUCUGCAUGUCACGAUAGACAUACAGUAUUGUAAAAGAAUAUGUGUAGAGAUGAUCAUGUCCGACUUUUACACACAGCAGAUAAAAACAUGUGGUUGUACAAAAAGAUGAAUCUAUGGCAGAAACAGGGCGGCGUGGUCGAGUCCAGACAAAUCUAGAAGUCCAGAUCAAACGGUCCGAACCGAGUCCAUCACUCAUGCUUCUCCACAGUUGCACAUUUUAGUGAUUGUUCCACGAGCACUGACACCCAUCAACAAACACAGACUGUACACAACGGUGCACCUGAUCAGACUGUGAGCAUCCAUCACCUCAAACAGAAUGCUGGAACAAUCUGCACAAGAGCAAACACAAGGAGAAACUCAACCCUAAUGUACUGUAAAUAGAAUAUGUACAACUGUAUUGAAAAUGUAGCAAUUUAUUUCCAUUUUCAUACUUGUAAUCGAUACAUAUUAUGUAGCAUACACUGUAUAAACUUUGUUCACUUGUUUUUCUAAAAGAAUUAAGUACUUUAUCUGCUGCAGCCGGUCCAUGCAUUACGUAUAGUUACUAAUAAACGGUAAGCCCUCUUAA